AUGGAUUUAGACGAGAAGUUCCUUGCUAAAGUUUCUGGGGUUCAAAGCCUUUCAUCUAGUGUGCAAAGUACUCCAGAAAAAAAUGGCCAUUCAGAUGAUGCUUCAAGAAGUUCAGAACUCCUUCAGGAGUUCCUGAAAUCUGGUCCAAAGAAGGAACUUCUACGAACAUGCUUUGAUAAGGACAAAAAGAACGUUUCUUCAAAAAGCAGGAUGACGGAAAUUAAGUCAGCUAGUAAGAUAAUCAAGAAACAGGACUCAAAAAAAGUUUCUGGUCUCAGCAAUCAGCCUUCUAGGAAGCAACAUCGUAAGGGCGAAAACCCUAUACGAUUCAUACCAGCUGCUGAGCCUCCUUCUGAUUUUGGACAUUCAAACUCCUGGAUCUGUAAAAAUUCAGCUUGUAGAGCGGUUCUAUCAAAAGAUGACACAUUUUGUAGAAGGUGCUCUUGCUGUAUUUGCCACCUUUUUGAUGAUAACAAGGAUCCUAGUCUUUGGUUGGUAUGCACAUCUGAAUCUGCUGAAGGGGACUCCUGUGGAUUGUCUUGCCACAUCGAGUGUGCCCUUCAACAUGAAAAAGUAGGAGUUGUUGAUCAUGGGCAACUGAUGCAACUAGAUGGUGGUUAUUGUUGUGCAUCCUGCGGUAAAGUUACUGGGAUACUUGGAUGUUGGAAGAAGCAGCUAAAUAUAGCAAAAGAUGCUCGGCGUGUAGAUGUACUAUGUUACAGGAUAUAUUUGAGCUUCAGGCUUCUGGAUGGGACUUCGAGAUUCAAAGAAUUGCAUCAAAUGGUGCAAGAGGCAAAAGCUAAACUGGAAACGGAAGUUGGUCCAGUUAAUGGGGUUUCUUCCAAGAUGGCGCGUGGCAUUGUUAGCAGACUCCCUAUUGCUAGUGAUGUACAGAAACUCUGCUCUCUUGCUGUUGAGAAAGCUGAUGAGUGGUUGGCCACUGUUCCCAAUGCGAAUCCAGAAUCUAGAGAGGGUUCACUUCCCGCUGCCUGCAAGUUUGUUUUUGAAGAGGUAACAGCUUCCUCAGUCAAAAUCGUUUUAAUUGAAAUGUCAAAUAUAUCUUCUGAUGACAUUAAGGGGUACAAGCUCUGGUAUUACAAGAGUAGGGAGGAGUCACACACAAAAGAUCCCGUUUGUGUGUUUCCCAAAUCUCAGAGGAGGAUUUUGAUAUCUGACCUACAGCCUUGCACAGAAUAUACUUUUCGGAUUAUAUCUUUUACAGAUAAGGGUGAUUUGGGUCAUUCUGAGUCCAAGUGUUUCACCAAGAGCAUCGAGAUAUUGGAAAAAAAUCCAUCUUCGUCAGUUGACGGGUAUAAUAAAAAGGAGAACCUUCAAACUGGAGGUAAUUCUUCUGGCUCCAAAAUGGAGCCCAAUCCCACAAUGGCAGAUGCUGGAUUUAAGGUUCGAGACCUUGGAAAAAUUUUGCAUCUUGCUUGGGCUCAAGAACAAGGUUGCUUUGAGGGGUUUUGCUGUGCUGAUAUGAGAAACUGCUGUGGUCAAAGUGAAAUGAUCAAGCCUAGCAAUCCAAAAGAGAAGUUGCCUUCAGUUUCACGAGGCCUUGAUCUAAAUGUUGUUUCAGUGCCUGAUUUGAAUGAAGAACUUACACCUCCUUUCGAGUCUUCCAGGGAUGAAGAUAAUGGUUGCACUGUGCAGCAGGCUAUUGAGGCAGAUGAUGAUGCUGCUUCUCAUGGUCUAGAGAAAAAUUGUUUUGCAAGAUCACAUGGUAGUGGUGGUUCCCAAACCUGGAAUCAUGGACCAGCUGGAGAAGUGCCAGCCGUUGACUCUCGUGUCGAUGCAUGUAGGAAAAGGAUGAGAGCAAGCACUAAUGAAGAGACACAUGAUUGUGACAGCACCUUGAUAAAUGGAUCUCCUUUGCAUGUAUCUGAUGGUUUAUUCUCCUUAGACGAGAACUUUGAGUAUUGUGUGAAAGUAAUUCGUUGGCUAGAAUGUCAGGGUCAUAUCAAACAAGAGUUUAGGUUGAAAUUGUUGACAUGGUUUAGUUUGAGGUCCACAGAGCAAGAACGUCGGGUGGUUAAUACAUUCAUUCAAACUCUGAUUGAUGAUCCAAGUAGUUUGGCAGGGCAACUAGUUGACUCAUUUUCUGAUAUUGUAUCCAACAAGAGGCCAAGAAAUGGGUUUUGUAAUAAGGCUGUGGCAUCAAAUUAAGGGUCUUGAAAUCCUAUUAUUCAAGAUUGCUAUUUGCUUCAAGACUAUGAUUUUAAAGUGACAAAUCAACCCUGCUUGUUUCUGCCUUGUACAGGCAUUUUUUAUUACUCACCGUGAUUCAUUUUUAUAGGACAAGUCUUGUCCUGCUAAAAGGAUUUGCAUUGAUGAUUGCUGAGACAGUAACACUCAUUUUUCCUUCAAUGGGGAGGGGAGGAUCUUUGGACCUGAAGUUUCAGGAUGUAGAAGGCAUCUUGCUACUAUUUUCUAAAUUACUGCAAUUAUUUUUCUAUUAUUAUGAAUUUAAUCACGGAAGAUAUUAGUGUUGAACUUUCUUCUCAUUACUGUCAUUUG